GUAGCUCUCGUACAUCGCGAGAGCACGCGCUGUUAUGGCGACGUUUACAUUGUUUCAAAAUGGCGACCACCUUAACUUUGUUAUGAGUAAAGUAUACAAAAAUAAAAUGAUUGUUUAAACAAGAUUCAUAUUGAGACAGAUCUUUGAAACUGGUAUGCUAGAUACAGUCAUGCCAACCUUGGAGGAGCGGGAAACCCUCAUGAAACCCAAGGAUGUACAUCAUCCAGGAUUUCACCCAAAACCUAUUCAGAGACUGGCUGUGCGAAAACCUCCUAGAACAAUGCUGAAUAUUGAAUGUAAUCAUUAUCUACGUUCUUGUACAGAAGAAUUUGCACAUGGGCACCCAACUAUGGAAUAUAAACUCUGGCUUGAAGCCGGUAAACAUGGAGCUCCUUUCCCCCAAAGACCUGAUGAAAAUUUUAAUUCAAAUGUUUGGAGGAAUUUCAGAAGGCAGUAUGGAUUUCAUACAAAUGCAGAGGGAAGUAAAAUGUCCGAUGUUAUAGCUGCUAUGUAUCCCCUAAACAUUCCUGCACCUUCAAAAGUUGGGGAACAAACAUUUGAGAAGUAUAUUAGGGAGACAAAGUUAUUCCGAAGUGAUAAAUAUAAGUCAUUAGCUAUGUCAAGGACAAAGGCUGAUGUUGAGGAGUUUAGAAAAUUAAGGAUAAAAAGCCAAGGAAGAAAUCCACCAAUUGAUGAAGAUGGUAAAAUAUUGCCGCCAGAGAACUUUAAAAAGUACGAGCACAGAUUUAUACCACCACCAGAGGUCCCACCAACUCCGCCUCCACCGAACCAAAAAACUGAUUCUCUUGGUCAAAGAUACGUUCCUAAAUCCAAACCACAUCUUUGGAAGCUUUCUUAUAAACUGAACAAUCCUGAAUACAAUGCUGUGAAAAAAGAGAUCCAAAAGAGGAAAGAAAUUAAAGAGCGUCAAAAAGAGAGAGAUCACCUAAGCCCCGGUCAUCAGAUCCAGCUGGUCACGCCCUCUCCAAUAAACCCACCCACCACGCACAGAUGAAGAGCUUCUUUAAUUUUUUAAUUGUUAUGAAGUUAUUAUUGAUUUUAAUAGUUUAAAACCAACUGUGCCUGCUCAGUUUGGAUCAACUUAUCUUUACUAGCAACCAAAAUGUCAGUCUAUAAAAUUGUAUUCUUUAACAAAAUCAACAGCUUGUCUGAAAAUUCUUUACAUACAUCUUUCCUCUAAGCUUUUGUUUCAAGUUUGUGCAAGAAGCUAUAUUAUUGUCACUCAGUUAUUUACUAACUGAACUUUUUCACAAUUUGACACAUUUCUAUAUCAUAAAGCACCGUGAAUAUUUUAUGGUCUAUUCUUUGCAGUCAUCAAAAAAGAAGUUUUUCUUUUUUAAAGUCUGUUAAGUUAUUAAAACAAAUAUGUUAUUUAAUUAAGUCAGAAGAAUAUAUUCUUACUUUUGCAUUUAAGUGUUCAUAAUGUUUUAUUAUCCCACAGUAAUGCAAAAUCUUUUUUUUCUUAAAUGCAACUUAUCUGAUGCCUUGAUAAAAAGAAUUUAAAAGAUAUACAUAUAUCUUAUAUUCUAGAAGUUAAAUAAAUGAAAUUUACAUCUUACUACUUUAGUGACUUUACUGUUAAGUCAGUGAAAUCAUGGUGCUGAAAUUUUUAUCCACAGGGAUAUAGCUUCAUUAUAUUAUAUAAAGUAUAUUUAUAUACCAUAUUGUUUCUAUUUAAAACCCCAGCACACUUUUUUUCAAAAGUGGAUGCUUAUUUAUAAUAAGGAGCUAUGAAAUUGUGCUGUAAAAUAUGUUUAAUUUCAAUUUAUUAGUUAUGACUUUAAAUUAAAUGGGGUUUAUUUUUUUGUUCUAAUUAUUAUUUGUUCUUUCACUUUACUGUGAAAAGAAAUAUUCAUCUGUAAAAUUAUGGAAGGGGCACUUUUUAAUUGGAUUAAUUGGAGCAUUAAUUGGAGACAAUACAGUAUUUAUUCACAAAAAAAGAAUUAAAGGCUGUUCAAGUGUUGCCAGUUGAUAUUCUUUUACAAAUCAAAUUUAAAAUGUGAAAGAAGAAUUAUUGUUUUACAAAAAACAGAUAAAUAAAUUACUCUACUUUCUUGAAGUGAUAGAUAUUUACCGAAAAUCAGUAUUUUCUAGUAUUACUUCUGAAGCUACAUGUACAUGUAUAUUUGGUAAUACACUAACUUUUAUGUUCAAAUUCAUGCUUUUUAUGUAUGUCAUGCUUUUUGAUUUUGCUUUUUUCAACCUUUACCAUUUGUGGUCGCUUGACUUUAAAAAGGUGUCAAAUAAUGUCCAAUAUUGUAUUAACUAGAUUAUCCAGAAUGUAGAUUAUCUGUAGUACUUUAAGUCCAUCACAAUUAUCUUUAUAAUUGAAGCUUUAUGUACUUAUUAAAGUAACAAACUAAAAUGCAUAGUUAAAAAUAUAGGCUGGCAUUAGCUGUUAUGAUUUUCUUUUUUAUACUAACUUAAGCAAGAACUUGAUUAUCAUUUUAUUUUACUAAUUUGAAUCAUGUUAUAUAAUUCUCUCAAAUUUAAUUAUCCUCAAAUUUGUUUAUGUUAAAAGCUAUUUUGUGCUUAUGUUACUAUAGUAUUAAACUAAAGUGUUGUAACUUUUAAAUUAAGAAUUUUCUGAAUUCCAAAAAACAUUCUUGAAUUGAUUGUGAAAUGAAAACAUCAUUCAUUUCUGACUUUGAAACUUUGGUUAAUAUGAAUACAGAGUGUGCCAACAGCAUUGUUGAUGUUUAGUGCAUUAUGGUGUUUGAAUGAAGUAUUUUGAGCUUUUUUUAAUCAUCCUUUUCACUCUAAGUGGAUGUUUAAGCGCCUUUUAUAUCUGUGAUAUUUAUUGUUAUGUUUGUGAUCAUGUUCCAGUGUUGUAUUUAGUACUUUUAUACCAGUCUGCAAAAGCAGCUCCCCCAUUGGUCAAUUUCAAAUUUUGAAUUCAAACCAACCAAUGACAUGUGGAGAUUUGAGACUGAUCCAAGAAAUUAUAGCUCUGUUCUUUGUGUUCUCUGUUAUAUAGAAUAUUACAUAGAUUUAUGUUGUCUUGAUAUAGAUGUUUUGAAUGCAUCAUAUUUUGUGUAUUUAAUAUGUUUUCUAUAAAGUUUUAUUUCUGAAAUGCAUAA